AUCAAUCUUUCUCGGAUCCUAGAGUAACCCGCUCGAGUUCGAGAGAUCUCUUUUCUUGUUUUCCCUUCUCAGCUCAGUCUCGCUUCGCUUCCUAUCUUUUCUCAGCAACCAAACACAGACUGUCACAGAGAGAAAGAAAAUAUGUCAGUGCUUAUAGUUACAAGUUUAGGUGACAUAGUGGUGGAUUUAUACGCUGACAAGUGCCCGUUAACCUGCAAAAACUUCUUGAAACUUUGCAAGAUUAAGUAUUAUAAUGGUUGCCUAUUUCACACAGUCCAGAAGGAUUUUACUGCACAGACUGGUGACCCUACUGGUACUGGAGCUGGUGGCGAUUCGGUCUAUAAAUUUCUAUAUGGCGAUCAGGCUCGAUUUUUUGGCGAUGAAAUUCAUCUUGAUUUGAAACAUUCAAAGAUGGGAACUGUUGCAAUGGCUAGUGCUGGAGAAAAUUUGAAUGCUUCUCAGUUCUAUUUCACUCUGCGUGAUGAUCUGGACUAUCUUGAUGGGAAGCACACUGUAUUUGGAGAGAUAGCAGAAGGGCUUGAAACUUUAACGAGGAUAAAUGAAGCUUAUGUGGAUGAAAAGAAUAGACCUUUUAAAAAUAUCAGAAUCAAACACGCAUAUAUACUUGAUGAUCCUUUUGAUGAUCCUUCCCAACUGGCAGAAUUGAUCCCUGAAGCUUCUCCAGAAGGAAAACCAAAGGAUGAGGUUGACGGUGACGUGCGGCUCGAAGAUGAUUGGGUGCCCAUGGAUGAACAAUUAGGCACAGCAGAGCUAGAAGAGGUUCUUCGGGCAAAGGAAGCACAUUCUAGUGCAGUUGUGCUUGAGAGUAUUGGGGAUAUUCCUGAGGCUGAGACAAAGCCUCCUGAUAAUGUCCUAUUUGUUUGUAAACUAAAUCCAGUUACUGAGGAUGAGGACUUGCAUACAAUCUUUUCACGCUUUGGAACUGUUAUAUCGGCUGAUAUAAUUCGUGAUUAUAAGACUGGAGACAGCUUAUGUUAUGCAUUUAUAGAGUUUGAGACCAAAGAGGCAUGCGAGCUAGCAUAUUUUAAGAUGGAUAAUGCUUUGAUUGAUGAUAGAAGGAUUCAUGUGGAUUUUAGUCAGAGUGUUGCAAAACUAUGGUCUCAAUACAGGCGAAAAGACAACCAACCGGGUAAAGCAGGAAGAGGUUGCUUCAAAUGUGGUGCUCUUGAUCAUAUGGCGAAGGAUUGCACUGGUGAUCCUGCUAACAAACAUCAACCUUCAAAAUACAUCCUGAAGGACGAUAAUAUGCAGCGUGGUGGAGAUAAUAAUUCGAGAUAUGAAAUGGUAUUUGAUGGAGACACUCCAGAAAGUCCAAGACAGGGAAAGAGACAUGGACACCGUGAUCCAGAUUACCAAAUUGACAGAGAAAAGAAAGAUGGAAAAGAGAGGUACAGGCAGAGUGACAGGGAUAGAGGACACAGACAGGACACUCCAGAUUACCAAAUUGACAGAGAAAAGAAAGAAGGAAAAGAGAGGUACAGGCAGAGUGACAGAGAUAGAGGACACAGACAGGACACUCGGUACCCUGAAAGUAAAGGAGGGAGUCGAUAUCCUGAGGAGCGACUUGAUAAAGAAAAGUAUAUGGAUAGAAGAAAAGACCGAGACGAUCGAGAUUACAGAAAGAGAAGUUCAGAUAGUCAAAGAGAUUAUGAUAGCCAUAAAGACCAUCGAGAUUACAGAAAGAGAACUUCAGAUAGUCAUAGAGAUCAUGAUGGCCAUAAAGGCAACAGGGAUGAACGAGAACAUAGACGUCGAAGUGCAGAAAAUGAUGAUGAUCCUGAAUAUGAUCGAGAUCGGAGGAACAGAGAUGACAAAAGGAGUCGAGCUCUAAGAUGAUGCGUAGUGCUAUUGUGGCAUUGGUUUUGUAGUUCUUGGUUCCGAAACUAAAGCAUUAAUGGAUGUUGUGCCAAGAUGAUUAAAUUAUUCUGAGAUAGAUUCUUUUCUUUUCGAGUGACAAUUCUUUUUCUUUCA